AUAAUAAAUUUUCUAACAUAAAAUUAAUAUUUUUAAAUAUUAAUUUCCGAUUAUUAUCAUGUGUUUGUGUAAAGUUUACGAAUUUUCUAUUGCACUCUGUCUUGGCGGCAAGAAUACGAUGAAUAUCAACAAAGAUAUUGCUCUAAUAGGAAACUUAUUAGUUCAUUAGUGUAAUUGGGAAAUAAGGUUACAGAUACAAUUUUGCAGUUUUAUUUACAGCUUUAUUUAUAUUUUUAUUUUACUGUGUACCUACUAUUGAUCAUUUAUACAAAAUACACGAUGAAUGAUGUCCGUGACAAAGUGUCUGCCGGUUCUUCAACGUGGGAGGGUGGCAUUACGCACAGUGAACCACCACCUGAAGCGCAAUCAUCGCCAAGCGCUGGCGGAGAAACCCCUCAAACCCCCGGAGCGCCGGUCCCGUUAGCCCAACAUCUCGCUGCAGAUUUGCAUCCAGACCUCUUACAACAGGGAUGGCGGAAGUAUUGGUCUAAACGAGAGAAUAGACCAUACUUUUGGAAUAAAAUAUCAGGAGAAUCCAUGUGGGAAUUGCCAGCAGUAAAAAGAGAUUUUGAUCCAAUUACAGACCCCUUAGGUAUAUGCCACACUGCCCCGCCUCCUGCAGGCAGUGUCACACCGAGUGCUAGCAAACGACGACCUUCUGAGGAUAAUGGCCCUCCACCAAAGAAGUUUGUUUUGGCUGGUCCCUGGGAUAUAGAAGUACCGACAAAUGUUGUAAUAUAUGAGCGUCCACCAACUAUAUGUCCGCAUCCCCAUCCUGAAAUAGAAGGAUUUAGAUUCACUUUAGCUAAUAAACUGAGGCAAUGUUAUCAAGAGCUGUGUCACACAAGAGAAAGCAUAGAUGCGCCAAAGGAUUCAUUUAAUCGUUGGUUAAUGGAGAGAAAGGUUAACGAUCAAGGUGGUUCAGAUCCGCUGCUCCCUAGUCAUUGCUUUCCUGAAAUAUCAAGGUCUAUGUAUGAAGAAAUAAUGAAUGAUAUACCUAUAAAGCUGACACAUACGAAAUUUACGGGCGAUGCUCGAAAACAAUUAUCACGGUAUGCUGAGGCAGCAAAGAAAAUGAUAGAGUCACGGAAUGCAUCACCUGAGAGUCGUAAAGUAGUGAAAUGGAAUGCAGAGGAUACAUUUCAGUGGCUGCGGAGAACUGUUGGAGCUACGUAUGAUGAUUUUCAAGACAGAUUGGCACAUCUAAGAAGACAAUGCCAACCUCAUUUAGCUGAAACAGCAAAAGCAUCAGUUGAAGGAAUUUGCCUCAAAAUCUAUCAUUUAUCAGCGGAAUAUGCGAGAAAAAUUAGAGAAAAACAUAGCUUUUUAUUAAAAGAAAAUGGAAUUCAGGAGCUGACGGCGCCGCUGCAGCAGGCGGCGCUCCGCAAGGUGUGGUGCUACCCGGUGCAGUGCGGCAUCCCCGCGCCCCGCGCACCCCUCGUCGAGCACUUUCUGGACCGCGACCAGGCGCUGCUGCGGUACCUCGGAGACACGCAGAUCAUCAAUGCCACAUAUCUACAGAAAUUGGAGUGCCUGUACAGAUACAGCUGCUUCGACGACAAGAAGUUCGAGCAGUUCCUGUCUCGCGUGUGGUGCUUGUUGCGGCGCUACGCGGCGUGGGUUGGGGCGGGCGGAGACGCGCACCUCACGCAGAUGUCACUGCCCGUCCCCGUCCUUGAAUGUCUGCAUCGCUGCUUCGGCGUCACCUUCGAGUGCUUCGCCAGCCCCCUCGACUGCUACUUCAGGCAGUACUGCUCAGCAUUCGCCGAUACAGACUCCUACUUCGGUUCUAGAGGUCCGUUUUUGGAGCUGCGUCCGGUGUCGGGGUCUCUGGUGGCGCACCCGCCUUACUGCGAGGAGCUGCUGGAGGCGGCGCUGCGGCACAUGGAGCGGCUGCUGCAGGAGUCCGCGGAGCCGCUCAGCUUCGUGGUGGUGCUGCCCGAGUGGCCAGACCGUCACACGCAUGCGCUGCACAAACUGCAGGCCAGCCAUUUCAAACGGAAACAGGUCGUUAUACCAGCUUUCGAACAUGAAUAUCGUCAUGGAUUCCAACAUGUCCUUCCAAAGAACGAGGUGUACUUCCGUUGGGGUGGUGGUACCGUGGUGGUGUGGCUGCAGAACGCGGCCGGGUUCGCACGUUGGGGGCCCACAGAGGAGCGCGUGGAGGCGCUACUGGAUGCGUGGCGGCCGCGAGCCAAGCUUCGCUCCCCCCCACCCGCAAACCCCGCACCACCACCCGCCGGCGAUACAGACAACGCCAACACCAAUAACGCCAACUCCACACCCGGUAACGCCACACCCGCUGAUAAACGCUAGCUGUGAUUUUACCUCUAACAUUGUCUAUGAUAAAUCAAAGACAACAUUUGACAAUACAAGUGUCGUGGUUCAAGAAUUUCACAAUAACAACGCAAC